AUAUUCAUAAAUGCUAGUUUCUGUUCGAUAAAUACCUAUAAUACUCUUUCAGAUGAGGGGCAACCUUAGCAAAUGUAGGAAACAAAUAGGAAGUGCCAGGGUUUAAAAGCAUUUGGCACGGCGCAUAUUCUCCCAGUGCACUUUAGAACGCUUUGCUCGACGCUGUUUGUUUAGCGAUUAAAAUGGCCUUCCCGCCUUCGCCGUGGCCCUCCCGGUUAUUCGACCAAAACUUCGGAAUGUGCAUCACUCCACAUGACUUCUUAUUCCCUUUCUACACCACCUACAAAAACUACUACAGACCAUGGAAAUUAAACACGCAAAGCUUCGAUAAAGAAUUCGGCUCAACAAUAAACAACGAAAUGGAAUCAUUCAAGGUAACAUUGGAUGUGCAGCAUUUUCGGCCUGAUGAAUUAAGUGUUAAAGUGGCAAACAAGCAAAUUAUCGUCGAAGGAAGGCAUGAGGAGAGGAAGGACGAACAUGGUUUUGUUUCAAGGCAUUUUACGAGACGUUAUGCCUUACCAAGCAAUUGUAUGCCGGAAGACGUUAUUUCAAAAUUGUCGUCCGAUGGUGUGCUUACAGUAGUAGCGAAUAAGUCGAAAGAAAUGUCUAAAAAUGAACAAAUUGUGCCGAUAACGUUAUGUAAAUCAUGUCCCUUGAAGGAAGAAGCAACUAAAUCAGUUAUUAACACAGACCAAAAAGACAGGCCUGCUGAAUCGAAGAAUGUAGAUGUUAAUAAAAAGAAUACACAAAUCAUGUUAAAGGAGGAACAUUGUUGUCUAUUAUUAAAACCUGAAUUACUUCGGGAAGCUGCUUCAGAUAACUCUGAAAUAGUAGUUGAAAAGAAAGAAAAGGUCGAGCAGGACAAACUGAAAGCUUGCCAAUUUGGAAAGAACACUUCUGAAAUGUUGGAACAAACAUUUGCUAAGGCAAGUGCGGUUGCAUUAGCGUCAGAUGAAAAGUGUGAUAGAACUGAUAAAUCAGCAUUGUCAAAAACAGAAAUAGUGGAACAAAAAAUCGACAAAUCAAGAGCAACUACUUCAGCAUCUGGUGGAAGGGCAAGUGCAGCCAUGUCUACAUCUGGUGAAGUAUUGGAACAUAAAUUUGCAAAAUUAAGUGAGACAUCAGAAGAAAAAUUUGAUCUCUUUGAUAAAACAUUGUCAAAAUUAGAGGAAUCAUAUGAACAACAGUUUGAAAAAUCAAGUGCUGCUAUGUCUGAAAAAGCUGGUCAUUCUAGAAUGACUAAGUCUGAAAUGUCAGAGCUCACUAGCACCUCUUCUAAAACCUCAGAAAGCAUUGAAAGUUCAAUGAGUUAUAAGGCCUCUAUGACAUCUAACAUGAAAGACAUUAGUGAAGAAUUAAGUGACUUUGUGUGUGACAUCUUGUCCUCUGAACUGGAUAAAACACUGGAAAUUAAGAAAUAA